AGGCUGGAUGGGGAAACCUGUUGAGGGAAAUUCUCCAUGAAUGUACGUCACAAUGAUGAUGACCGACCAAAUCCCUCUGGAAUUGCCGCCAUUGCUGAAUGGAGAAGUCGCCAUGAUGCCUCACAUGGUAAAUGGAGAUGCAGCUCAGCAGGUUAUUCUCGUUCAAGUUAAUCCAGGUGAGACUUUUACAAUAAGAGCAGAGGAUGGAACACUUCAGUGCAUUCAAGGUCCUGCUGAAGUUCCCAUGAUGUCACCAAAUGGAUCUAUUCCUCCCAUCCAUGUACCUCCAGGCUAUAUUUCCCAGGUAAUUGAAGACAAUACUGGAGUCCGCCGGGUGGUGGUCACACCCCAGUCUGCUGAGUGUUAUCCCCCGAGCUACCCCUCAGCCAUGUCUCCAACCCAUCACCUUCCCCCCUACAUGACUCACCACCCACAUUUUAUUCAUAACUCACACACGGCUUACUACCCACCUGUUACUGGACCUGGAGAUAUACCGCCUCAGUUUUUCCCUCAGCAUCAUCUUCCCCCUACACUAUAUGGCGACCACGAAAUUAUACCACUCUAUGGAAUGUCAAGCUACAUUACCCGAGAAGACCAGUACAGCAAACCUCCGCACAAAAAACUGAAAGACCGCCAGAUUGACCGCCAGAACCGCCUCAAUAGUCCUCCUUCUAUCUACAAAAGUAAUUGCACAACUAUGUACAAUGGCUACGUGAAGGGCCACAGUGGCGGAAGCAGUGGAGGAGGGGGAGGCGGCAGCGGUGGUGGGCCCGGAAUAAAGAAAACAGAGCGACGAGCAAGAAGCAGUCCAAAGUCAAACGAUUCUGACUUGCAAGAAUAUGAGUUGGAAGUAAAGAGGGUGCAAGACAUUCUUUCAGGAAUAGAGAAGCCCCAGGUUUCUAAUAUUCAGGCAAGAGCAGUUGUGCUAUCUUGGGCUCCCCCAGUUGGACUUUCAUGUGGAUCCCACAGUGGUCUUUCCUACAGUUAUGAGGUGGCCUUAUCAGACAAAGGGCGAGAUGGAAAAUACAAGAUAAUUUACAGUGGAGAAGAAUUAGAAUGUAACCUGAAAGAUCUUAGACCAGCAACUGAUUAUCAUGUGAGGGUCUAUGCCAUGUACAAUUCCGUAAAGGGAUCCUGCUCUCAGCCGGUUAGUUUUACCACCCACAGCUGUGCACCCGAGUGUCCUUUUCCACCGAGGCUGGCACACAGAAGCAAAAGUUCACUAACCUUGCAGUGGAAGGCGCCAAUUGACAAUGGUUCAAAAAUCACCAACUACCUUUUAGAGUGGGAUGAGGGAAAAAGAAACAGUGGUUUCAGACAGUGCUUCUUUGGGAGCCAGAAACACUGCAAGUUGACAAAGCUUUGUCCUGCCAUGGGGUACACGUUCAGGCUGGCUGCUCGCAAUGACAUCGGCACCAGUGGUUAUAGCCAAGAAGUAGUAUGCUACACAUUAGGGAACAUUCCUCAGAUGCCCUCUGCACCAAGACUUGUCAGAGCUGGAGUCACAUGGGUCACAUUGCAGUGGAACAAACCAGAAGGUUGUUCACCCGAGGAAGUGGUUACCUACACCUUGGAAAUUCAGGAAGAAGAAAAUGACAACCUUUUCCACCCAAAAUACACUGGAGAGGAUCUAACCUGUACUGUGAAAAAUCUCAAAAGAAGCACACAGUAUAAAUUCAGGCUGACUGCUUCUAAUAUGGAAGGGAAAAGCUGUCCAAGUGAAGUUUUGGUUUGUACAACAAGUCCUGACAGGCCUGGACCUCCUACAAGACCCCUGAUUAAAGGACCAGUGACAUCUCAUGGCUUCAGUGUCAAAUGGGAUCCUCCAAAGGACAACGGUGGUUCAGAAAUCCUUAAAUAUUUGCUGGAGAUUACUGAUGGAAAUUCUGAAGCGAAUCAGUGGGAAGUGGCUUACAGUGGAUCGGCUACAGAAUACACUUUGACCCACUUGAAACCAGGCACUUUGUACAAACUGCGAGCAUGCUGCAUCAGUACUGGUGGACACAGUCAGUGUUCUGAAAGUCUCCCAGUUCGCACACUAAGCAUUGCACCAGGUCAGUGCCGACCACCGAGGGUUUUGGGUAGACCAAAGCACAAAGAAGUCCACUUAGAGUGGGAUGUUCCUGCAUCUGAAAGUGGCUGUGAGGUCUCAGAGUACAGUGUGGAGAUGACAGAGCCUGAGGAUGUAGCUUCAGAGGUGUACCACGGGCCCGACCUGGAGUGCACGGUUGGACACCUGCUUCCCGGAACUGUGUAUCGCUUCCGGGUGAGGGCUCUGAAUGACGGAGGGUAUGGUCCCUAUUCUGAUGUAUCAGAAAUCACCACUGCUGCAGGACCCCCAGGACAAUGCAAAGCACCUUGUAUUUCUUUUACGCCUGAUGGAUGGGUCCUGGUGAGUUGGGAGAGUCCUGAAAACUCUGGUGCUGAUGUCUCUGGGUACAGAUUGGAAUGGGGAGAAGAUGAAGACUCCUUAGAACUCAUCUAUGACGGGAUAGAAACAUGCUUUGAAAUAAGAGAUCUGUUGCCUGCUGCACAGUAUUGCUGUAGACUACAGGCUGUCAAUCAAGCAGGACCAGGGCCGUAUAGUGAGCUUGUCCAUUGCCAGACACCAGCAUCUGCCCCCGACCCUGUCUCCACUCUCUGUGUCCUGGAGGAGGAGAUCAUCAGCGCCUAUCCUGAUUCACCUUCUGUGUGCCUUGUACUGAACUGGGAAGAGCCGUGCAAUAAUGGGUCUGAAAUCCUUGCGUACAAUAUUGACCUGGGAGACACAAGCUUCACUGUGGGCAAUACCACCAGCCACGUUGUCAAAGAUCUCCUUCCAGAAACCACCUACAGGAUCAGAAUUCAGGCUAUAAAUGAAAUUGGAGUUGGACCAUUUAGUCAGUUCAUUAAAGCAAAAACUCGGCCAUUACCACCCUUGCCUCCUAGGCUGGAGUGUGCUGCAUCUGGUCCUCAGAGCCUGAAGCUAAAGUGGGGAGACAGUAACUCCAAAACACAUGCUGUUGAUGACGUGGUGUACACACUACAGCUGGAGGACAGAAACAAGAGGUUUAUUUCAAUCUACAGAGGACCCAGCCACACUUACAAGGUCCAGAGGCUGACGGAGUUCACAUGCUACUCCUUUAGAAUCCAGGCAGCAAGUGAUGCUGGUGAAGGGCCCUUCUCAGAAACCUACACCUUCAGCACCACCAAAAGUGUCCCCCCAGCCAUCAAAGCGCCUCGAGUGACACAGUUAGAAGGAAAUUCCUGUGAAAUUCUUUGGGAGACGGUACCACCAAUGAAAGGUGAUCCUGUCAGCUAUGUUCUGCAGGUACUGGUUGGAAGAGAAUCUGAAUACAAACAGGUGUACAAGGGAGAAGAAGCCACAUUCCAAAUCUCAGGCCUCCAGAGCAACAUGGACUACAGGUUCCGCGUGUGUGCAUGUCGUCGCUGUUUGGACACCUCUCAGGAGCUAAGCGGAGCUUUCAGCCCCUCUGCGGCUUUUGUACUACAACGAAGUGAGGUCAUGCUUUCAGGGGACAUGGGGAGCUUAGAUGACCCCAAAAUGAAGAGCAUGAUGCCUACUGAUGAACAGUUUGCAGCCCUUAUUGUGGUUGGCUUUGCAACUUUGUCUAUUUUAUUUGCCUUUAUAUUACAGUACUUCUUAAUGAAGUAAACACACCCAACAAAACUAGAGGUAUGAAUUUCAUUAAUGCUACACAUUUUAAUACACACGUUUAUUCAGAUACUCCCUGUAAGUCUUUUUGUCCUUUGAUUUAUAUACUUCUCUCAUUUUACAGAUUUAGCUAAGAAAGAAAAUAUCAGUGUUUUGGUGCACCUUUUUGAAAUGCAAAACUAGGAAGAGGUUCAACUGGAUUUAAAACAAAAGAAAAACCAGAUACCAAAAGCUAGCUUUCUUGUGUUUUCUUUUAAAUUUUCAGAUUUGCCUUCUUAUCUGUUCUCACUGAUGUCUUUUGCAAGCCUUUGACUUUUUUUUUUUUCUUCCAUGUUACAGUUAAGUAAUUUAUAUUCACAAGUCACUUCUUAUGUCUAGAAUAUCAUCUAUAUGUGUAACAUGAAUCACAGUGUGUGUAGUAAGAGGGCUAGGGUUUUGGUGUUGUCAGAGUAUUGCCACACAACAAUAUCAUGCAGAAGAUGUGUUCACUAAGGUAUGGCUGCCCUAAUUGAGUUCCAUUUUGUUACUCAGUUAUUUAACUGUUUAGCCUCAUUUAAAUUAAAAUAUGUUCUUCAACCUAAAAUGUUUUAAUCUGUAUUUGUUAUGAUUUUAACACUAUGAGCUGCCUGUAUACAAAAAUCAAGUAACCAAAAUGCACCUAUAAAUUAAGGAGCAUUGUAGAUUUUUUACCAUGUCGAUUCAUAGCAGUAACUUUAAGAGGGCAUUGUGCAAUAGUUAGUUGUUUCUUUGUUCAGCUAUUUUAAAAGCUGCUUUAACUUGUUUGUGUGUCUUUGUAUAUAACUACUUCUAAUCACUAGAGUUAUUAUAUUCUGUUAUGUUUUACCAGAAUUAUAUGAUGAGAACUGGUGACAGUUUAGUGCCUCUGCCCAUUGUCCACGAUUUACACUAAUUGUGAGCAGUCUUCUUAUGCAUCAGCUCAUUGUUUUUGAAAGAUUUGUCUUUAGGCCGUUCUUUGAGGUAUCAAUGAAGUGAUUGAAUUUCAGUACAGACCAUAUUAAUUUUAACAAUAGAUACAAAUUGAUAAAGUCCAAAAGAGAAUCACCUAAAUUUGUAGUUUUCUAUUUCUGUGGGGUUGACUUGGCCAUGUAUGGAGUGGGAUGGGAUUUGGCAGUAAGCACAGGGUUGUUUAGGGGUCAAGAAGCCUCGAUUCUCUCCAUGGAUCUGUCACUAACUUGCUGCGUGACCGAAGCAUGUCACUUUACCUCUGUGCCUCAGUUUUCCCAUGCAUUAAAAAUAAAAUAAAAUGGGGAUUCUAAUGUUUGUAAGUGCUUUGAGAUCCUUGAUCAACAGGUGCUAUUGGAGUGCAAACUGUUACUCUUGCAUGUUUAUUUUGAGUCAUGAGAUAAUCAAUUUUAACCCAAAGUCAUUGGAUUAUUUAUAUGAAGUCCAUAAUGUUCGAGUACCUCAGGGACAUUUAAGAGUUGGAGGUGCAAAUAUAUUCCAAAAGGGUGCAGCAGACACAGUGUAUCUCCCUGCUUCUGUUUUUGUAUAUUUUUGCUACUUGGUUUUUCUCAAGCAUAGCUACUUCGUGCUUGGUCUGUGUUGUCUAAGAUGCAGUAUCCUGUACUAGCUUAUAAUAUUCCCAUACCAAAGUCAUGGGGAAACCAACAUUAUUUUGUUUUUGGUUUAUUUAUACUAUAUUCUGCAUACAGUACUUUAAAUGCCAAUUACAGUGCAAUCUUUAUUUAUUGUAAAAAAUUUUUAAUGUACUUAUGUACUAAUUUUUCUCUUGUAGCAUGUUAUUUUUUGUGUGUGUGUUUUAUACUUUUGUAAUUCUAGGUCACUCUUGUUCCUUGGUAACAUCUGUAAUAUUAUUAAUCUUCUGACAUUUUCUUGUAUUUUUAAGGAUAAGAGCAUCUAGUGCAUUAAAUGCCAAAAAAAAAAAAAAAAAAUCCAUUAUCAAUGAUUAAAACUUUUCCAUGUACCCCCCAAAACAUAAUCAUCUCUUGAAGGAAAGUGGUAAGAUCAAUGAAUUAUUCUGUGUGCCUAUAUUGAUGUAGUGAAUACUAGAGAGUUCUAUAUUUUGUUAUUGACUAUAGUAAUCCGUUUAAUUAGCAAACUAAUGGCAUCAAGGUAAAUAUAUCUUUGCAAAGGUUCUGGCCUUCCAAAACUCAUGCCUCUAUUUAAGUAAAUGUGUGAUAUGAUCCACACAGACAUUGCAUCUGCAUCUUCUGAGACAACUACAUGCAGGUGUUUCAGGAAGAAGGCGUUUUUUAGGCAACGGAGAUUCAACCGAGUACAAAAACCCUACUAUUUACAAAGAAAAACAUCCCUUUUUGGAACACUUCAGAACUGCUGCUAUGAAGAAAUUCUCUGAAUUGGUUGCAUUUUUCAAAAAAAAAAACAAAUGAAAUCAGGCCAACGUUGCUGUUAAUGUUUGAUCCUUUUGAGAACUGCAUACUAUCUGUUUAAACACUAGAAAAUUGAAGUAUGUAAAGUACGAGCUGAAUGGCACUUUAUUUUAUUGCUCUCCAUUAUUUGUUAUUCAUUAUAAUCCCAUCAAUCAGAAAAUGAUUAUAUUCUAUAUGGCACUGUGUUCUAUCACAAAUGAUGUGUAUAUGUGAUAUGGAUUAUAUAUUACUAUAUCGAUUGCCUUUACACAUGAACAAUAAAAUAAAGUGUUGUGGGAACUUCUUUCUUUGUCCUUUUGCAGUCAGUAGGAGUGAGUGAUUGGCUUUCUGAUGACUGGCUCGUCUGUAGUUCAGACUCACCUCUGCACAAGAAACUCCAAUCAUGUGAACCAGAUGAUCCUUUGUUCUCAAAGAAAUGAUUUAAAAAGAAAAUUUGUUUAAAAGAUUUUUUUUUUCUUAUAAUAUGCCUUGUUCUUAUCAACUUGAAAUGUUUGCAUUUUCUAACCUUGUUUUGUUGGCUACAGUAAUUCAGUAUUCAUGUCAAAAUUGAAAAGUGCCCUAAUUGAAUGUGUUUGAAUGUUAUCCUUGCACAAUUCUUUAAAUUGAAAAACAAAAUGUUUUUACCUCACUGUUGGACAUACAUUCCAAGCUUUUCAACUUUAGGAGGAAAAAAAUCCAUAUGUUUUCCUGUAUUGUAAAUUUUAGACUAUUUCAUAUACAUUGUAUUAAAACUGCCAUAUCAAUUUUAAUGUAUAGAUUUUGCAAAUACUAUGCUAUAUGUAAUACCUAACUGUAUCUGUAGUGUAUAUGUAAUAUAUUUAUGCCCAAUAAAUGUUUUAAUUCUUUCUGACUUAA